AAACUGUGUGUUAUCAUUCAGUUCGUAGACGCGCGUUAACAUCAAUUUUUGGGGUAAAGUAAAUUGUCUGUCAGUAAACUGAUUUAGAUUACGUUAAACUGUUGCGAAUGUGAAACAUGUUGUCGUUCAAGCACUUGCUGAUUUUGCUAUCGGUCAUAUAUUUUGGUGUGAAUUGUGCACCAAAAACUCAAUCAACUGAAUGGCCAUUAGUUAAAACAAAAAGCGGCGAACUUCUUGGCAAAAUAGACACAACUCUUUUGGACCAACGUGAAUUUUAUUCAUUUCAAGGUAUUCCAUACGCUGAGGCACCCAUUGGAGCACUACGAUUUCGUGCACCACGACCAAUUCAACCAUGGGUAGGUGUUCGUAAUGCAACACAAUAUGGUUCAAAGUGUUUGCAAACUACAUUUAAUUUGUCCCAGUUUUGGGGUGAAGAAAAUUGCCUUUUUUUGAAUGUUUACACACCUAAUUUAACACCAAUUGAAAAAAUGCCUGUUAUAUUUUUCGUUCAUGGAGGCGGUUAUAUGAGUGGUGGUAGCAGUUGGCAUGCGGGCGAUAUUUUGUUAGACGAAGAUAUUGUUUUGGUCACGAUAAACUAUAGACUUGGUCCAUUUGGUUUUUUGUCUUUGAAUACUGCGGAUUAUUCGGGUAAUAUGGGUUUGAAAGAUCAGUUGCUCGCUUUAAAAUGGGUAAAUGAUAAUAUUGAAUUUUUCGGAGGUAAUAAAAAUAGCAUAACAAUGUUUGGCCAAAGUACGGGCGCCUCUUCUGUUCAUCUCUUCACAUUAAUUCCACAAACUCAAAGUCUUUAUAAACGUGCAAUUGCAAGUAGCGGAUCAAUGUUAUGCCCAUGGUCAUAUAGUAAGAAAAAUCACACGCAAAUUUUACAAAAAUUGAUUGCUGACGAAAAAUCAACGCCAAUCGAGAAUAUUUCAUUGAAUGAUAUUGUUGAGUACUUAAAAAAUGUCGACGGUCCAAUAUUUGGCGAACGAACAUUUGCUCCGGUGUACGAAAGUGGUAAAAGUAUUAAGGAAAUCGACUUGGUGUGGGCUCCAGUAAUUGAAAUUGAAACGGGUGACGAUGCGCUGUUAACCCGUCCGAUUGAAAGUUAUUUGGAUGAAAAAAGUGAUAUUGAUUCCUUGUUUGGCUAUACAUCCGCUGAAUCAAUCAUUUUAGCUCCGACUGAUAUAAAUUUUCCGGACGGAUUGAAAACAUUCGAAGAACGAUUUGAAGUGCAAUUGCCUCUUAUCGAUCUUAAUUAUAGUUACUUUUCGAAAGACUACGACAACAUGAUUAAAGAUGUGCGGCAAUUCUAUUUUGGCGAUAAACCGGUUGAUGCGAACUCAUUGCAAGAGUUCGUAAAACUUUUGUCCGACGUUUUUUUCAUCUAUGGAAUUGAUAAGUCAGUCAAAGCGCAGGCAAAACGUUCAACCGGAAAAACAUUCUGCUAUCAAUUUUCGGUCGAACUUGAGUUAAAUAGUCUUCGAAAAACAGCAAAUGCAUCAACCCUUGGAUUGUCUGGAGCAACGCAUAUUGAAGACAUGCUUUACUUGUUCAGAAUGGACGCCUUCAUACCAGAAAGUAGAGCCUAUGAUGACUUUCGAUUAAACACGCCUGAAGGACAAAUGACCAAAAAAAUCGUGAAAUUUUUCACGAAUUUCGUAAAAUUCGGAAAUCCCAUACCGAAUAACGAUCCCAUCGAAGUGAAACCCGUCACCGUUGAUGCUGUGAACUAUGUUGAUUUGACAAACAACGGACCGAUAGUUGGAACCAAUCCACACAUCAAAUACAUUCAAUUUUGGGAUGACUUUCUACAUAAAUACAAAGAUAUUCUACAAACACCAAAUGGAAUUCAGCUUUAAAUUCCACGCUAAACCGAAAAAAUAGCGGUUUUUCUGCACCAAAAAAAAAAAAAAAACAUUCCAUUUAAUUUAUGUAAUGUUACUGAAAAGUGAACUCAAAUUCAAUUUGGGCAUAAAGUUAAUAGAGUUUAAUAAAAAUUGAAAAUAACACAUUCAAUUUUAAUAGCAGUUUAGUUUUUGCUAUAUUUAUUGAAUAAAUUUGAUCGUAACGAAGUUUGGAAAGGUGGAAUGUAUAUAACUUGUGAACAGAUCUUUGUUUACGUAGCUUGGGAAUAAAUUCCUUGCCGUUAUAUUUGAAGAAAAACAAA